UUUUCAGAGACUUUUAGGGUUCGAUCUGCCUCUCAUCCUUUUCUCCAAUUUCCUUCGGGACGCGGGUUAGGGCAGCACUUCGGUUCCAGCAGAGAGACAAACGUCACCCACUGUAAUUCUCCUCCUCCGUGCUGCCGCCGAAUCCCGACCCUCCUUCGAUCCAUGGCUUCUAUGGACACGGACGUCGACAUGGUUCCAGUCGGUGAAGGUUCAAGCGUCGGCGUCGCGGGAUCGUCCUCCGCCGCCGCUUCCUCCUCUUCGAAAAAGCCGAAGAGGUUCGAGAUCAAGAAGUGGAACGCUGUCUCCCUCUGGGCCUGGGAUAUUGUGGUGGACAACUGCGCUAUUUGUAGGAAUCACAUCAUGGAUCUCUGCAUCGAGUGCCAGGCUAACCAGGCGAGUGCGACUAGUGAGGAGUGCACAGUGGCUUGGGGCGUCUGCAAUCAUGCCUUCCAUUUCCACUGUAUCAGUCGUUGGCUUAAAACUCGCCAAGUCUGUCCCUUGGACAACAGCGAAUGGGAGUUCCAGAAAUAUGGUCACUAGAAUAAUCAUUAAGGUGUUUCCAAGGCAGUUUGGAUUCUGCGGUAGUGAUCAUCCAGAAGAUACUAAAACUCGUAUUUACUCGACUUGCACUUUGUUUACAAUUAUGCCAACUUGCUGCAAAUUCCUUCAAUACCAAUUGGUUUUAAUGCUGAGGAAAGUAGUUGUUAUGCUGUAUGUGUGGUUUCAUACUCUACUAUUAAUCUUUGUUUAGUAGGAAUAAUAUAAUUAAGUGCUUGUUCUGUGUGAUCAA